GUGUGUGUGCGCGUGCAGUAGGGAUCUGCACUGUCCUCCACUCUCAGAAAUCCUGAACUUAAAAUCUAAUUAAGGCUGUCGACAACAGGAAUUGUUUUCUGUUUUUUAAAUAAUUAUUUUUUGCGGACUACAAAAUGACAAUAAGAUCAGACCGAGACCAUGGACAACAUUAUCGGCCACGGAUGUCCUGCCUUAAAAAGUUGGAGGCCGUAGUGGUUCAGAUGCAGGACCCAUCGACUGGAGUGAAGGGAUCAGAACAGAAACUAAAUGUUACAACCAUUCCCCAUGCAAUCGUUGGUCAGGACAUUGUUGCAUGGAUCUCCAAACAUAUGAGCAUGGACAAUGAUGAGGCUCAAGCAUUUGGAACAAUGUUAGUGGCAUUCGGCUACAUCUACCCUCUGCAGGAUCACAAAAAGCUUGUCCUCAGACCAGAUGGCAGUUUGUACCGCUUUCAGACCCCCUAUUUCUGGCCUGUGCAGAAAUUGAAAGCUGAGGACACCGAUUAUGCAAUCUAUCUGGCAAAGAGAAACAUUCGAAAAAAGGGAGCACUUGAUGCUUAUGAACAGGAGGAAUACAACAAACUCCACAAAUGGAUGAACCACAAAUGGGAUUUUAUUGUGAUGCAAGCUAAAGAGCAGUACCAGGCUGGGAAGAUGCGUCAGAAGGCAGACAGAGUUGUAUUUGACUGUCAGGAGAGAGCCUACUGGAUUGUCCACAGGCCUCCACCACAAACACACAGUGCUAUGGAUGUCCUGGAUCGUCAUAUUGACCCUAAUGCAGAGGAGAAAAAAACCUACGAUUAUUAUAGAAGAAUCAUCAUCUACACACAACAGGCUGUCAUGAGGUCAAGAGUCAAGUCUACAGUAUCUCUUGGAGCCCUGGUCAAGUAUAUGGCGACAUUUAUGAACCAUGACCCGUUCCUCGUGCCCUGCCUCCCUAGUAAUCCCUGGCAAACGGAUGAUGACUCUUAUUGGGAGUUGAACAUGGCAGAUGUUGAAGUUCCCACAAAGAUGAGAGUGGAGCGCUGGUCCUUUAGCUUCUAUGAGUUGCUCAAUGACCCACGAGGCCGUGCAGACUUCAAAAUUUUCCUGAAGAAGGAAUUCAGUGGUGAGAAUCUGGCUUUCUGGGAAGCCGCUGAGGAGUUAAAAUGGGGCACAGCAGCUUCUAUGUCAGAGAAAGCAGAACACAUUUUCAAAACCUUUUUGGCCCCAGGAGCACCACGCUGGAUCAAUAUUGAUGGCAGGACAAUGGGUAUUACAGUAAAGGGCCUGGAGCAUCCUCACCGAUAUGUACUGGACGGUGCUCAGACCCACAUCUUCAUGCUGAUGAAGAAGGAUACCUUUUAUCGCUACCUGAAGUCACCAGUUUAUAAGGAAAUACAGAAAAAGGCCAUUUCACCAGUGCCACACAAUUUCAGUGAUACCCAGCUGGAGCAAAACAGCAGGAGCCGCAGGCAGAGCAUCAGCCCCAUCAUCACCUGGCAAAAGGAGCAGGAAGAGAAAGCCAAGGCAGAAGCUGCAUCUGGACCCGUAGACAUUAAAAAACUGAUGGCCAGCAAACUAGAUCGCAAAUAGAAAGAGACAAAGAUGCAUGCUGGAAAAUGCUUUACUUAAUAAUCUGACUAAUUAAAAGAGAUCCUUAAAAUGUU